AUGGCUUUCAAUGAUGCAUCAUCAAGGUGUUCCAGACACAUAUAUCCACCAAAUGGUCGCUUGUCACUAAGUAUUGCCCCAAUCCAAUUAGACAAAGGACUUCUAGCCAAAAGAUCAGCCAAAGUAGCAACCUUGCUUAAGAACAACCCGAAUGAAGACAUCUCAGCCUUCAUCAGAGCAUCACCAUACGAACCCGAAUCCUUAGAACUCGUAGGAAGAUUUAUCCAUGGCAUGGAAGUCAAGAUGAUGAGCGACAACAUUGUCCCACUGAUCUGCCUAGCACACUACCUGCAGAUGACAGAGGCACAUAGUCCAAACAACUUACUCAACAAUGCAAUUUUGUUCUUAGAAAGAAAAAUUCUCCCUAGCUGGAACCAAAGCAUAAGAUCUCUACAAGCAAUAUCAGGGGCUAUGUACGAGCAAGCAGCAGAAAACGGGCUAUUAGACAUCAUGGUAGAAAGCGUCACUGCACACGCAGUAUCCAACCCAAGUCUAGUAGAUGAACCCAUGAUGGAUGAUGAUGAAUGGGAUGAUGAAACAUCAUCAUCAAGAGAUUCAUGUACAUCAAAGGAGGAUUUAAGUACAUUGCCAGUAAAAGUGUAUGAAGCAAUGAUAGAAGGAAUGGUGAAAGGAAAAGUAGGAGAAGAGAAAAUAGUGGGAUCGCUGUACGGGUACUAUAAGAGACAUGGAAGUGAAAGGGAAAGCAUAGAAGCCAUAGAAAGACUGAUACCAAAUGGGGAAAGUGUAAAAACAUACAGGCUAUUGUUAGAGAUGUAUGUAAAGGCAGUAAAAGAAAAAGCAAGCGGGGAAUGUGUAGCAUCAUUGGGAAAAAGAAUAGGUAAGCAAUUAGAGAGGGCAAGAGUAGAGGAUCUGGUAGGCUUAAAGCUGGGUGUAGAGAGUCUAAGACAGGUAUUAAAGGGUUAUUAUGGAAAUAUGAAGGAGAAAAAUGGGAGGGGACUAGUAGUAGUGGCAGAGCUAAUGGAAGAGUACUUAGUAGAGAUAGCUAAGGGGAAAGAAACGGAUGCAAGUAGUUUCACAGAAAUGGCAGAAAUGAGUAGUUACACAUCAAGUAUAGGGAGUAACCGGUUGUUGGAUGGGAUUUAUAGGGCAGUAGAUACAUACUUGGAGAAUCAUAGGGACUUAAGUGAAUCAGAGAAAGAACAACUUUGUAAGGUUUUGGACUUCCAAAAGAUGUCAUCACAAGCUUGUAAGCAUGCCGCGAUGAAUCAGAAGUUGCCAUUAAGGGUGUUAGUGCAAGUUUUGUUCGUCUCACAAUUGGAAAUAAGGGAUAAUAUCCGUAAAUCUUUAGGGGAAUCAUGUUGGAUUCAAGAAGAGCGAGCGAAUGAGAGGGAAGUACAAGUACAUCAUCAGGAUGAUGAUCAUGAUGAUGAUGAUAAGGAAGAGCUUAUUAGGUUUAGUGGGUGUCAUCAAAAGAAGAGUGAGAAGAAAGUUGGUUUAUGGGCUGGAAUGAAGAGGAAGCUUGGAUGUAUGGGAAGUAGUAGUAGUCAUGAGUAUGAGACUUUGCAUGAUUGCAAUUGCUGCCAACACACAUUAAACAACAAGAACAAGAAGAAUAAGAAGAAUCAUCAUCUCAACUAG